UCGUUUAAAACACCACAGUUAGAAAAGAUUGAGAAGAGAAAAAAUGGAAAUCCCAAAAAAGAGAAGAAAAUAAAAUUAUUAUAAAAAAAAUCAAAUAUUCAGAUUCGAUUAUAUCGCGCAAAAAAAAAAAAAAAACAGAUCUUCACUCACAUUUCUGUCUUUCACAUUCAAUUAUUUACAAAAAUUUUGGUGUUUCCUUUUCCCCCUUUUUUCCAAUUACUUUUUAGGGUUUCAAUUUUUCCCAUUUUCCCCUAAAUUUGAAGAUACCCUUUUUGCCUCCAUUGUUUGGUGAGUUUGAACUUCUCUUCUUUUUUUCCCCGUCCGUACAAUCAAGUAAAAAAAAAGGUUGAGUGUUUGAUGGUAUAAUCAUAAUAGUGAUUGAAAGGGAAAAGGGAAAAUUGUUAAAAAAAAUAUUUUUUUGUUAGAAAAGUUUUUUUUUUUUGUGUUUUCGAACAAUUAAUUCUGUUGAAAAAGUUGUUUUUUUUCCAAAUGUUUGCUUCCGAUAUGAAUCCGGCGAGAGAUGCUGGCAGAGUAACCACCGCCGGCGCGGUACUAUUUCCAAUUCAAUUUACAUGGCCUCAUGGCGGGAGAAGUGUUUUCUUAUCUGGUUCUUUCAAUAGGUGGACGGAGCUGGUGCCAAUGUCACAGGUUGAAGGUUGCCCUAACGUGUUUCAAGCUGUUUAUGCUGUACCGCUUGGUUGUCAUGAGUACAAGUUCUUCGUCGAUGGCGAAUGGCGACAUGAUGAACGACAACCUCACAAAACUGUCGAAUAUGGUAUAGUUAACACUUUUGACGCUAUACCUAUACCUGCUGAGGUCCCUUUAGUCCAUCCUCGUUCGGAAAUAUUGAAUCACAUGGAAGUGGAUAAUGGUCUCAUGCAUCGGGUUUCUGCUGUUACGUUGAAUCAAGCAAUGCCUAGGAUUUCGGAAGAGGAUGUAACGGCCUCUCGUCAUCGCAUUGCUGUGUACUUACAAGCGCAUACUGCUUACGAGUUACUACCUGAGUCAGGCAAGGUUGUUGCCUUGGAUGUUGCUUUGCCCGUAAAACAAGCAUUUCAUAUUCUGUCCGAGCAGGGCAUCCCUUUGGCUCCUCUUUGGGAUUUCCGUAAAGGAAAGUUUGUUGGAGUUAUUACUGCUUCAGAUUUUAUAUUGAUUCUGAGAGAGCUUGUAAAUAAUCGAUCAAAUUUGACGGAGGAAGAGCUCGAAACACACAGUAUCGCUGCCUGGAAAGAAGGAAAGGCUUACUUGAAAGGACAAGUUGAUGGGCACGGGAGACCGAUUCCAAAAGAACUUAUCUAUGCUAGCCCAUCCGAGAAUUUGAAGGAUGUUGCUUUAAAAAUUUUGCAAAGUGGAGUAGCUAUAGUUCCUAUAAUUCAUUUGGAAGAUGGUUUGUUUCCCCAGCUAUUACAUCUCGCUUCUCUUGCCGGAAUACUAAAAUGCAUAUGCAGGUAUGUUAAACAUUGUCCUUCCUCUUUGCCUAUAUUGCAAUUACCGAUAUAUGCAAUCCGUCUUGGUACAUGGGUUCCAAGAAUCGGAGAAUCCAGCAGUCGGCCGUUUGCAAUGCUGAGACUUACUGCCUCUCUUAGUUCUGCAUUAGAUAUGCUAGUUGAAGCUCAUGUAAGUUCAAUACCUAUAGUUGAUGAUAAUGACUCAUUAGUGGAUGUAUAUUGUCGGAGCGAUAUUAUGGCUUUGGCUAAAGGCAGAGCUUAUACGCAUAAUCUAAAUGAAAUGACUGUUCAUCAGGCAUUGCAAUUGGGACUGGACUCGAACCCUCCUUACGGGACAAGAAGUCAAAGAUGUCAGAUGUGUUUGCGUACCGAUACGUUGCUUAAAGUGAUGGAACAAUUAGCAAACCCUGGUGUUAGACGGCUUGUUAUCGUGGAAGCCGGAAGUAACCGCGUAGAAGGCAUCACCUCACUCACCGACAUUUUCAGGUUCUUACUCGGUUAGGGAUCGGCACCGGGUGAUCUUAACCAUUGAUUUUGGCCUCUUUGCUGCUUCUUUUUUUCUAGCCUGUGUUUAUUUUUAGGUCCCUCUAAAAAAGAGGCAUGUAAUUUAAAAGAUUUGUUCCAUGAUUGUAGAUGCCAUUGCCAGCCAUUAUUUCACCUCUAA